GAACGACCAGAGGAGGAAGAGUGUGCAUCGUGAAAUCGCUCUGAAAGUCGUGAAACAACCAAGACUCAUGAGUCUGUCGAAGCCCAUCCGUCGGGAGCAGGUCUCACGGGGGCCGUGUGCGGGGGCCAGCCUUGGGACGAAGGGAGCACCUGACACAAGCUCUGCCGUCUUUGAACUACUGAAGAAACGCCGGGAGGACGAAGAGCUUAAAGCGGUGUUACAGGAGCGCAAACAGAAGUUGAAAGGUUUGCAACAGCGCGUAGAUGAGUUGCGCCAGAACCUCCAGAAAGUGCAGGACCUACAGCUAAGCUUUGAUAUGUUUCUCAAGGAUGAAGCUGCUGAUCGAGUCAUUGAGAAAACAGAGAGGGAGAGGAAAGAGCUUCUUAAACAGGACGCGGAGAUACAGAAACUAAAGGAGGAGAAGGUCGAACUGAUGGAGAGGAAACAGAAACUAGAGUGUGAGGUGCAGAGACACACUGUGUACGAGGACAUCAUGGAGCAGAUAGUGAAAAUGACUAAGUUUGAAGAUGUGGAUUCGCUCGUGGAUCAUUUGCAGAGUCAACUCCACUUGAGAGACCAGCUCUAUCAGAGGCAGAUUGAGGCAGAGGAGCAGGCUGACCGACAGAGAAAAGCACUGGCGGCACUGGAGGACCAGUACGACUUGCUGCAGCUGCAAAAGAACCGACAACUCUCCCGGCUCCAGACCGAGCUGGAGGAGACGCGCUCUGAAGCUCUAACCUGGGAAAGGAAGUGGAACCACAUUCAGGAAACUGCGGCAAAGAAAACACUGCUAUUGGGACAGAUUAAGAUGGCGACCCUCAACCUCUAUGAAAUGGCAGCUGGCAGUUUAGGAGAAGAGGAAAGUGUCGAUAUAAACGACACAGAGAAACAGCUGGACAAGAUUAAGAUGUUCAUCCAGGACCACGAAGACAUCGUGGAACAACAUCAAACUCCCUCGCAGAGACACAACGAUGGACAGAAUAGAAACAGGGGCAAAAAGUGUAUCGCAACUCACUCUAAAAAGCACUGAUAUUUUAGUUUGAAUUUAAACAUAAGUUUGUUGUUCAGUUGUUCUAAUGUAAAACUCUGUGAGUUAAAUGACCUUUAAACCUGAAGACAUAAAUUUCAAUAAACUGAAGACACUGAAGAAUGCAGUCAACAAAUGACUAUUGAUCAU